AUGACGAAUUAUCUGCCGUGGUGCUUCCGGGCUUGUCUAGAAUGUGUCCAGGGGCCAAGUUUUACGGAAGCUGCGUAUUAUCGGCGGAUGAAAAAUGAGCCGGCGGUUGCGUUGGAUGUUAAUAAGACAGGAAGCGAUGUAAUUAUCCUCAAGGAAGGAGAACGGAUUUGUGGUACCGGAUCAGCGCUCUGCACAGCUCCACUCGUCCAAAAUAAAAGCUAUUGGCAAGUGGAUAUCCAGCAAACAGGAACCUGGUGCAUUGGCGUAGCGACAUCAGAAUGUGCCCUAAAUCAAGUCCCACCGGGGACAGCCUUUUGGGGCAUUAAUGAAAAGGGUGAAGUCGUCUCUAACGGGCAAGUCGUCACAAAAAUCGAUAAGCCGAUCGAGGAAGGAGAUUCAAUCGGGUUAACAUAUGAUCAUAUCGAGUUGCGGUUUUAUUUGAAUGGUAGUGCGCUUGGUGAUGGAAUUAGCGGAAUUCGUGGAAAGAUUUUCCCAGCCAUCUUCGUUGAUGAUUCAGCUAUUUUGGAUGUAAAGUUCACCGAAUUCACUCAGCCGGCGCCGAACGAUUUUAGCGAAAUUUUGUUAGAACAGACAAUUUUG